AUGAAAGCGAAAGAAAGUUAUUGCAUCACGAAUGCAUUGCCCAGUGAUCCACCGCUCGUCCUGACAUCGCACUCCUUUGUAAAAGAAGAAGAAAACGGACAAACAAUGGAUUGUGCUGUUGACGAUUUCAAGAGAAUGCUUCAUAAUAAAGCAUCUGGCCUGAAAGAGUCCUCUUCAGUUAAGAAGUGUGAUGUCAUAUUGUACUUCUGCCCCAUUACUUCACGAGCAGGAACUGAUAUUGAUGCUGCAAUGAAGCACCUUAAUCAAAUCACAAGUGACUUACAAGCUUCCAAACUUGCCAUCGUUGUGGUGCUCCAUAUCACGUUUGACCCAGAUAAAAUAAUAUCUGACAGUGAAAAAAUUAUCAAGCAAGAGAACACAUAUGCUGUAGACUGUCUGCUUUGUGAAACUGAUGGAUUACUGGAAUGUCAGAAGAAUGCAGAAGCAAUUAAAAAAACUGCAAAUCACUUCAAAAGCAAGAAGCUGACUUCAUUUUAUUGCUUGACAAAAGAUGAUAGGAACACUUCUUCACCCAUAUACGAGAAUACAGAAAGUACCCCGCUGAUUCACAGUGACGACUCAAGUGAAGGAGUCAUACAAAGACAAGAAGAUGUACCAAGACAUGAAGACAAACUAAGACAAGCAGACAAACUAAGACAAGAUGCUUGUUGUUUUUGUGGGGUUUGCUUCUUCUUUUGUUGUGGUUGGCUUUGUGAAUGUAAACCUUAUAAAAGAAUAUGUGCAUGUUGUCACUGUCAGAAAUAAUUUGUGGCUGUGUAGCUUGAUGAAAUCAAACUAUCAUGAAAACAACUGUAAAAAAAUAUCAGUAAAUUAUCAGUUUUCCAUAUCUUGUGAUUCAUGUUUUUAUUUUUCCCCCUUUGUUUAUGCUUUUGAAAUACAUUAAAAUUGUAUUAUCAACAACUUUUAAUCUUUAAAGAUCGAAAAAGUGACAUUGAUUAACAUUUUUGAUAGCUUAAAGAGUUUGUCUGGGUUGGUGUUGUAUAUUACGGUACAUAUACUUAUUUUGCUAUACUUUGUUUCUGCAUUAUAUUAAUUCAAACUAUUACAAACUAUUCAAUAGAGCAGCAAUCAACAUCCAAUGAUGCAAUUCACAAUGUGAAUAAAUCAAAAACGCUUGUGAAAUCACAAAAUAUGGAAACUGUUAAUUAACAGAUAUUUUUUUUACAUUGUACAGAGAAACAAAGAGUGCAGCAUAAAGAGACUUAAACUCUGAAUACAAUUAGCAAGCAACUGGCUCUGACAAAUACAUAAAGAUAUUUUAUUUUGAUGCUGGGUACAUAGUUGGUUACAUGUAAUAUGUGUCAUGAUUAAAAAUGAAGUACUUCUAAUAUCAUUAUUUUACAAAUUAAAUAUAACUCAUAGCCAUAUUAAAUUAUGUUUUAUAAUUAAUGACAUGAUUGCAUUAUGCUUUACUACUGUGAAAUCAUAUACAACUCUCGAGUCUGGUAUUUGAAUUUGAUUGGCUGAGAGGCCUCCACUAAUACCACCACAGAAACCUUUUCACCAUGUCACUCCAUAUACCAGGGGUCACCAAUCUCAUUCCUGAAGGUCCGGUUCCU